AAUGUUUCACAACGGAAUGGAACUCACGAAAACAGACAACUUCCAAUGUCGAGUUACCAGCCAAGGACGACAUUACCAAUUUAAAUGCGUCGACGGAAAAUGGGUUGAAAACACAGCGCUUCUUGAAAAUCACUCAGCAUCAUUUGACGCGCUAAGUCAUCCACGAGGCAAGCGAGGGUUUUUGGAUGCACUUGGGUGUCUUAUGACCUUGUUCAGCUGUUUGUGGAACAGACCACGUCCAAGAGACACAAACCCUCCAAAACUAGUUUGUCCCGACGGUGAUAAGAUCAGAUAUGGAGAAAUAGAACCAUUUCAAACAUACAGAAAAGUGUUUUGGUCAGAACCAACAGCCGAAGACGACAGAGAUGGGACAAUCAGGGCAAUACGACUCAAUGGGCGACCAUCCGGACGCCAUUUUAAAGAGGGCCCAACAACAGUUACAUAUGAAGCAAAGGACAGACAGGGGAACUGGGCCAGAUGCGACGUUGCUAUCAAUGCUGAAUUGGUGCGAUGUCCGAAACCUACGACAAUUACAAAUGGAUACUUUAUCUGUCAUCCAAGCACAGAGUUUGUACUGGAAGCCUGGUGCAGGUAUGGGUGUUAUGAAGGAUUCGACCUCGUUGGUGAGACCGUCCGAAUAUGUCAGAGAAACAACAUGUGGUCGGGAACUAAUGCUCCUUCUUGUAAACCUUGGAAGUGUCCUUUACUUCCGAGCAUUGAAGGAGCAGGUUUACCUCAAUGCACAAAGGGGACGAGUUUUCAAAGUGUGUGUUCCUAUGAUUGCACAUUGGAUGGGUUUGACAUGCCACAACACGUUGCUAAAGCCUUAGUUUGUUCCAAGGAAAAACGCUGGAGAAAGAACGGAGAGCCUGCCUGUAUAGACGUUGAACCAACCGUGUUUAAAACGUGUCCAAGUACGUUAGUCGCCGGGACAGAGAGAGCUUCGAAAACAUCACGAGUGAUAUGGAAGAACCAUCUCGGCUACGCACCAGGCACACGGGUGCUGCCGGGAAAAUACGAUAUCGUAUAUGGCGUUUUUGAUGCUGCGGGAAACAGAGGCAGAAACUGCCAGUUCACUGUCAUUGUUCGAGAUAUCAAAUGUUCGAGAAUUUAUCCCACACCAUUUGUAAGAGUUCAGUGCCCAAAUGGCACUAGAACUGGCUCAAUAUGUGAAAUAUCGUGUGAGCCGGGAAAGACGCUCCAAGGCACUAGCGUAGUCACCUGGGACCAAAGUGCAAAAGGACUGUAUGGUCAAUGGAAUUGGAAUGACGAUGGGCAGUCUACCUGCAAACAAACAUCCCAAUGUUUAAAAAUAACUCCACCGAGACAUGGAGCGCUUGCUUGCGACAAUUGGCUAGGCGGAUCAUUUUGCCAAGCACAGUGUCAAAAUGGAACAGAAAUACCAAGAGUAAAUUUGGAAACUCUCUAUGUUUGUUCAGAUGAUGGAAACUGGAUGCCCACUUUACCGCAAUUUACACCAUGCAAAGCUGCGCGUUAUUCGCACAUUCUCAGUAUGCCUGUCGAAGUACAAAAUCUGUAUUAUGGAGAUUGCACAGACAAAAGCACACAGGAACAAAUAGCGAAGAACUUUAUUCAGCAGAUGAUGUCAAGUUUAUAUCAACCUGAGGCAUGUCCGGACAAUAGUGAGUGUGGACCUGAAAACGUGCAGUUGAGUGUCCUGAGGGCACGUACUAUCAAGGACAAAUUUACGACAAUGAACCUACGUGUUUACUGUGCCAAAAAGGAACCACAUGGGAAGUGGAGUACAUGGGGAAACUGGUCAGAAUGUACGAGAACCUGUGGAGAUGGUAUAGUGACAAGAAAACGUCUGUGUAACAACCCUACACCAGACAAUGGAGGCAAAACGUGUGUUGGAGAAGAUAUAGAUGCAAAAGAUUGCAAUAACACUGAUUGUCCAGUAUGUCCUGACUUCAUAGCUCCAGUAAAUGGGUCCGCAGAAUGUGUGAAUUCCUCAGAAACGAUCAAUUGUACAAUUGCAUGCAAUGCUGGUUUUGACUUUGAUAGUGAGCCCAUGGGCAUGUAUUACUGUGGAGCAAACACCUUUAGUGUAUGGAACUUCGAAACCAACGCAAAUCCUACACGACGUCUACCAAAAUGCAAAGAAGUACUUAUACCACCAUCCAUCAGUAUAGUUUAUUCGGCCAGAUACAAAGAAUUGGUAUGUAGUUCUAAGCGCGUGGAAACUGACGUGAAACAGACAAUUUUAGAUAAAGUCCGAGAAAUUGUUGACACCAUUCCAUGCAUAAGAAUAAAAAAUUGUACUGUUACGGAACUUUCCAUAUCAAGUUGCGAUGACAAUGCACGGAAGAAGCGCUCAAUUGAAAAUGCUGGAUUUAUCUUGGAAGUAGCCAGGGCGCCUAAAGAUGGAAAUGUUGAAGAAGUGGCAGUGGAAUUAGAAUCCGUUUUCAACAAAAUCAAAGAUGAGGUCUAUCAAGGGCAGUUUACCGUCGAUGUGCUUGAAAAAAGCUAUGAACUUGACCUCAACCAAACUGAUGUACAUGGCAACGCCGAAUGUGAGAAAGGUUACACACGAGUCAGUUAUUAUUGUGUUCCGUGUGGCAGCGGUUCAUAUCUUAACGUUGACUACUGCGAGCCCUGCCCUGUGGGAUUCUAUCAGGACAAGGACGCUCAGUUGUCAUGCAAACUGUGUCCAUCGGGGAAAACCACGCUCGGAGAAGGUUCAGACCUUGUAAUGGACUGUUCAGUCGCAAAAGAAGAAUCAAAUGUGAAUGAGGCAAAAGUAACAGGAAUCGCAGUUGGCUGCAGUGUUGGGCUCUUUGUGUUAGUCGCGGUAGCGUUUAUUUACCGACGAUACAGAGCAUCUACGGGAAAACACGUGGUACUGUCAGACUUCUCCGCUGCAACGGAACGGCCUUAUAGCUCAACUGGUGUCCUGGAAAUGAAGUCUUAUGAAGAUGCGAGGGUAAAUCACGACAUGCCAAGAUUAGAGAGGUUUACAACGUUAACGUCGCAAGAUGGUCGUGUAAUGCAUUCUAAGCCUUGGAAAAUGUGACAUUUUAGAGAAUAUUUUGAGUUUGAGUUGAAGAUUUAGGUGUUUGUAAGGUAAAAUGUUACUUAGACAUCGCUAUUGACGCUUUUAAUUUGGUUGCAACUACAUUUCUGAGGAGCGAUUUACUAAUAAAUUCAUUCGUAUUGUGUUUAACGAAAUAAUAUGCUUGGUUUAGUGAUUAUAAGGAAUAACAUUUAAAUGACGCCAAUGAAAAGAGACAAGAACAAUGCUGCAGCUGCAAGUUUACUUUAAAUGAAUAGGAUAUUUUGGUCAUCUUAUCAAAAAACGUUGGACAACACAUCGUAAGAUGUUCAGCAAGGAUUGUGUUAAGGUCGCUAAUAGAAUCGAAAUU